CAUAUAAGGCUCUUUUAUCCAGUAUAACUUGGAGCUCAAAAUUCCUUCGGUACGCCUCUGCAUCGAGCAUCAAGUCUUUACCAGCUGCUACACGACCCCACAUCUGGUGUUUCUGUCCUAUUUCCGGCGGUGCCAAUGCAUACAACUAUGUACCGAACGUGGACCCUCUUCCCAUCAAAGCAUGCUCAUAUUUGGAGGUACAUCCUAGGAUUCAUGCUAACGCUUCUAGCUACUUCCAUGCUGGUGAUGUAUCGUGUCCGUGAACCAAUCAAACCAGUCUCCCAGAGCCAUAUCCUAUCAGAGGUCAUCAAUUCGCCUUUACCAGACAUAUCACUAUCUCAAUCUUCAAUCGACCCUACUCUGGAUUACCGGCGAUUGUUAGAGAUGACGACUUCUCCGAAAAACUUCAAUCAGCACCAUCCCACCCUCGGAUUCGGACAUAUCUACUGCAUUUCUCUACCGAAUCGGCAAGACAGGCGCGAGACGAUGACGAAGAUCGCCGCCGCUCUUGGCGUCCGGAUCACCUUCGUCGAUGCAAUAUACAAGGAUCACCCAGUCAUUGGUUGGAUUGGAGAGCGGGCCUCGGAAGUGAGGAAGAAAAAACUCGAAUUGAUGUCUCAAUAUAGCGGCAUGGACAAAGAAAGUAUCGGCGGGAUGGGUGCAGGAUCGGUCUGGCUGACGGUGAACAAUGGACAUGCGGCCAAUCAAGACUUUCUUCGCAACAUCAAAUUGCCGUCCCUCGCAGCGGCCCGUCCAGAGUUUGAGGGAAAAGACUGGGUUGAGUAUCUUUGGUCAGUUUCCGAUCAUUACACCCUAACAAGCAGCAACCCGGAUUUCAACAUCACAGCUGAAAUGUGGGAUCCUCAAGAAAAGAUGCUUCCAAGACAAAUAAACCCGGCAACAGUUUCAACUUAUUAUAAUCAUCUCAGGGUCCUUCGCACAAUUCGAGAGAGUGGGGAAGCCAGCGCGUUGAUUUUGGAAGAUGAUGUGGAUAUGGAAUGGGAUCUGGAACGUCGAUGGAGAUCAAUCGAGAGCCAUCUACCUUCGGACUGGGACACAGUAUUCUUAGGCCAUUGUUGGGGCCAUGAACUGAUUCAGCCCCAAUUCGGACACCCCAACCUACACAAAUCCACCGAACCGCUCUGCUUGCAUGGCUAUGCCGUAUCCGCUCUGGGAUCGAGAAAACUAUUGGAGCUCUAUAAUGAUCCAUGGACUUCAUUUCAAACCCCAGUAGACACUUGUAUUCCUACCUUUAUCAAGCUGGGUUUAAAUUCUUUCUCGAUCGAGCCAACCAUCAUCAACCAAUCAAAAGUUCUACAAAGCGAUAUUCAGAGCGGCAAGGGGAGCAGUUGGAAGGGAUUGUUGGUCGAUAGCGUCGCCGAGAGAAUCUUGAAAAGUGAAGGCAAACCGGUAAAUCACACUUUAACUCGGGAAGAUAGUAAAAGUAACAUUGACCCUGCCACACUUUUUCGCUACAAGUCUGCUUCCAUCAAAGCUCUCAAGGAUACCCAGUGUAACAAGGGCGUAUGA